CACAUUCCUUUUGCCGCGAGCACCAGUGGAGUGCGAGGCAGCACCACUCGCGGUCGUUGCAUCUGAAUGAAACGCUCCAUGGACCUACCUGACUGAUCACUGUGGAAACUGCUAAACGUUGCCAACGGGAGUCAUGUCCAGCGAAGAAGACCUGGCUGGAGGGUUGACUUACCUCGACGAUGAUCUGGAUGACGACGACUUAGCUUGCGAGGAACAGGAACUUUUCCAGCAGCAAGUCAAAGAUCUGCAAUGUGCAGUCGUGGAAAUGAAAGGGGCUUUCGAGGCCGCCUUAGAAAAAUUGUCACUGAUCGAAGACCAUCGAAAGGACGCUUCUAGUCCAACACACCUUAAGGACGACACGCAAUUGGCGGAAGCUCUCCGUCUGCUCAUAAGUUACAAGAAUGAGCUGGACACGACGCAAGCCACUGUUCGCACUCUUCAGGGCCAAGUCGAACAUCUAGAACUAGCCGUCAGAACCCUGAGCGAAGAAAGGGACACCCUGACACACGAACUGCUCCUCAGCGGAGCUCUACCCGCAAGGUUCCGAGGCAACGGCUCGAGCGACGCGCCGUCCAGCGACUCUGGGGUCGCCCUUUUGCUAGAAAGAGCACACGCCGCUUUCAACUCGACGCAGCCAAACACGCAAGUGUCCAACCUUGUCCACGAUUAUGUUGCAGGCCUUACUGAUUCACCCGACGAUGAUUCAGAAUGUUCUCUUUCACUGGCGGCGGCCAAAAGCCUCAGUUUGUGCACCUCCCUCGGCCAGCAGUGUGGCCUCCAGUUGCUCGAAAUGGACAGCACGUGCAUCACCCAGCGGCUGCAAGUGGCCAAGGAGCUGUUGGCCCUCGAACAGGACUACUGCAGCACUUUGCAGACGAUGCAGGAGGCCUUCGCACAACCCCUCAAGGCCAGCGGCAUCGUCCAGCAAACUGACCUCAACACUUUGUUUCCGGAAGAGGUUUGGCAGCUGAGAAGUGAACACAGUGCCCUGCUGGCCUCUCUGAAGGCCAGAGUCAGCACCUGGGACCAACAUUCUCAGCUCGGAGACCUUUUGCAGAAGCUUUUGGCAGAUCCGAACGGCUCUGAUGUGCUGAGGUUAUACACUAGCUAUGCAAACGCCUUCCCCGAGGUUGUGCAGACAUUCCAUCGACUUUGCAAGGCCUCGCCAGCCUUCACCAGGUUCCUAAAGUCUUGCCUUCAACGCCCAGCCUGCACUGGGCUGGACCUGGGUGCCCUGUUGCUGACCCCGGUGCAGCACAUGCCACGCUAUGUGCUUUUGCUUCGCCAAUUUCUGCAGGCAACACCUCAGGCGUCACAAGAGCACGCCGCAAUUUCCACUUGCCUGCGCAGACUGAAAGACUUUUUGGCCCGACUUAAUGACUCGAUGGAACACUCUUUCCAGCUGGUCGCCUCUCAAGUGGAGGCUCCCAAACCUCAGCCUAGCAGGGGUGGGUGCAAACUGACCAGAGUGAGGAGUAAAGACUCAAGUGCUUCUUCAAGAAAAAGCAGACCGAGCAGGUCUUCGUCCGAAUGGGCCUUGACCAAGCAGCACAGAAGCCAUUCUAGUGAGAGUGAAUUGAGUUCUGAGGAGUGUGCAAGUCCCUCAAGCCGAUUUUGUUCGACCAAGAGUGAGCCGAGUCUGCUUUCGCCUGGCAAGCAGGUGGUUGUGCAGGCGGCCGCUGCCUCCUCGGCCGCCACGCAAAGCAAGUACGUAGCCCUUUACGACCCCGCAGUCAAGCAGAAGAAGAAAUCCUUCUCCCUGAAGAACUUGCUCACCUUCCGCAAGAGGUGCGUUUCGUCGAAAGACGUCUCCAAACUGCAGGCGGACAGUCUAAAGGGUUUGGUACAGCAAAUUGGACGCAUGCCUGGCUACAUUGAGCUUGUUGUGUACUGUCUCAGAGAAACUGCAGUCUAAAAGCACGCAUUUUCAAAAUAAGCAACAUAUCAAUUCUGAAAGCGCGGCUGCACAUCACCAUUUACCACUCUCUAUUAAUCUGGGACAAAUUCAUUUUUUUUUUAGCAUAAUUUAAGGGUGCGAUUCCUUAUGACUGGUGUUUUCCCGCAAGCCUGUGAUUUCAAUAAUUUUUCUUGCCAAAUCUGUCAUUUUUAUCAACUCUUGGCUAAACAUAAAUCUCACUUAAUUAUGUGAAAAUUAAUCAUGCAUCUCUUCACGGUGUCAAUGCAUUCUUGAUGUCAUCAAGAAAGGUUUUUGAUGGCCUAGAAUUUUUUCACUUUCACAAUACUUUAGCAUGUAAGGUUUUUUACCACUUGUGUAGCCUCUGGUGAUUAAUAAAGUGUAAAUGGGCUGUUCUCAAAAUAUUUGUAAAUAAAUUUAACAAGCAAUAAUUUUUACUUCACACACACAUGAUAGUGCACUGAAGCACAGCAAAAAAUGCGCUUAAUUAUACAAUUAAUUCACUUUUAUGUGUCCACAACAUAUAAAACGCUAAUCUUGCUUAUUGUCAGCACAAAAGAUAAAUUUAAAAGUACAGAUAUUUUUUUAAAUAAAAUGUGCACAAAAAAAGCAUUAAAACUGGUGGCACAUCAAUGUCAUCCAAAGGCACUCUUCAUAUUCCAUAAAAUAAGCUUCUGCUUGAAGGUAAUUAUCACUCAAUUAUUAGCACUAAUUUAAUUUAAUCAAGAACCAUUUUUUUUAAUUCCCCCAACAAAAAACGAAGCACUGACUGUUGCACAGAAAAAUUCCUGUUGGCCCCUAACAUUUUUGCUGCGCGCAUUAAUCAACAAAACGUCAAAAUUAAUGCUAAAUUAUUGACCA